AGGAAUUUCAUGCCAGGACUGACUCUGAAAAAAGGCUGGCCAAAGAAAUGGAGAAGACAAAGAGAAUCAUGGCCCUCCCCGGCGCCCUCCGCCUGUGGCUCGCCUGCCUCCUGCUCCGCAGCGCAUCCCCCAAACCCAGCUGCGACCCCCGCGCCUGCCCGCCGUGCCCCGAGGGUGACCCGCAGGGGACAGCCACCCCCUCUGCCUCCUCCUGCUGUCCCCCGUGCCCCCUUUCCUGCGCCUGCCCGCCCUACCUGGAGAGCGACUGCGAGAUGCAAGGCUUCGCCGGCGGCCGCGUCCCCGCCGGCCGCUCCUUCCACAUCGACUUCGCCCGCACGCUGUGCCGCUGCGGGCCCGGCGGGGCCAUCGCCUGCGCCCCGCUCUGCCCGCGGCCCCCGCCCGCCUGCCGAGCCCUGGGCAGCCCGGUGGCCGACGGAUGUCCCCAGUGUGUCUGCUACGACCAGGAGGGAAUGGCAGUGCCCGCGGGCAGCGCCGCCCGGCGCGGGUCCCGCCUGUGCCGCUGCCCGGCCCUGGGAGGGGAGAUGGAGUGCGGAGAGCCGGGCACCGAGCAGUGAUGCUCUGCUGGCUGCUGGCUCCUCUCCGGCUGCAGAAAGCGUCCUGGGCUUCGGGGCAUCCCCCUGAGAGGCUUUGAGAGGAAUGAUGGAUUCUGUCUUUACAAGCUGUGGGUCUUCUGGUGGGUAAAACUAGCACUGAGAGAUAAAGAACGGGAAGGAUUCCACUUGUUUGGAUUCCUGAAUGGAAAAAGAUAUUUUGCUUUUACUAAUAAGCUUUAGGUGGGCUGAUAAAUUAAAUUGGAUGUUGAAAGGUGAAAGAAACAAUGGGCGGAAACUCUAAGUUCCGUAAGAAUUAAACAUUAAAAGGGAGGGUUAUGCAUUAGAGGGGAAUCUCUGGUAUCAGGUGUUUUGGGAAGUCUGUGCCUCUCAAGUACCUCAGCCAAUGGGGAAAGAGAGAAGGGAAAUGUGGCUGGGAAAUUGGGAUAAAAAGGGAGGCUGCAUCCUCCAAGAAUGUGAGAGACGCCAGGGGAAUGCCCCAUGGCCUCUCCCUUUAUUCAAAUAAAGUAAAAGGACUCCUCUGUCUGCUUUUUGUACCCUUUGAACAGCUUCAGAGGGUCCCUGAGGACUUGGGGGUUGCUCCCCUCUGGAGAGGGGGGAUGCCACGUUCUCCAUCAUUGGUGGGCCAGGGCAAAGUGUCUGCAGGGGGUGAGCUUGCUUGCUUGUGAGGUUUGUGCCACAGGUACAACUGCUGCUAGCAUGUAA